CCAUAAUGCCAAGCCUAAGCUUACAGCUCCAAAGCUUGUUCUUCAAGUACCACCUCCGCCACCAGCUCCAGACUCUAACCCAAACCCAAACCCGCGACAAAUUCGGCACCACUUCCCGACCCGACCACCCCUCCGUUCCCGCCAACCCGACUUUCCGAAACGGCGUCGCCACCAAGGACCUCCACAUCGACCCUUUAUCCUCCCUCUCCCUCCGCAUCUUCCUCCCGGAGACAGUCCUCCUCAAAGACUCCGCCUUUGACUCUAACGGCGUCGUCUACGGCGGAUACACUCCCCCGGCCGGGAAGCGCCACCGCAAGCUGCCGAUCAUGCUGCAGUUCCACGGCGGCGGGUUCGUCGUCGGGAGCAACGACACGUCGUGUAAUGAUAUGUUCUGCCGGAGGAUGGCGAAGCUGUGCGAUGUGAUCGUGGUGGCGGUGGGGUACAGGCUGGCGCCGGAGAGUCCGUACCCGGCUGCGUUUGAGGAUGGGAUGGCGGUGUUGAGUUGGUUGGCCAAGCAGGCCAACUUGGCGGCGGUGAGGAGGAAGGGGAGGGGUAAUUCUGGUAAUCAGCAGGGGAUUUUCGACAGCUUUGGGUCGUCUAUGGUUGAGCCUUGGUUGGCUGCUCAUGGAGAACCUUCUAGGUGUGUACUCCUCGGAGUGAGCUGUGGUGCAAACAUAGCGGAUUUCGUAGCUCGGAAGGCUGUGGAGGCGGGAAGCCUCUUGGAUCCUGUAAAAGUGGUGGCUCAAGUCCUGAUGUACCCUUUCUUCAUCGGAAGCGUUCCUACCAAGUCUGAGAUUAAGUUGGCAAAUUCCUACUUUUAUGACAAGGCUAUGUGUAUGAUGGCAUGGAAGCUAUUUCUACCAGAGGAAGAGUUUGAUUUAGACCACCCUGCUGGCAACCCUCUUGUACCUGGGAGAGGGCCGCCCUUAAAGACCAUGCCUCCCACACUUACAAUUGUUGCUGAGCAUGAUUGGAUGCGCGACAGGGGUAUCGCCUACUCUGAAGAACUGCGGAAGGCUAAUGUGGAUGCACCUCUUCUUGAGUACAAGAAUGCUGUUCAUGAGUUUGCUACUCUUGAUGUGCUCCUCGAAACACCCCAGGCACAGGCUUGUGCUGAUGAUAUCACUAUAUGGGUCAAGAAGUAUAUAUCACUCAGAGGUGGCGAGUUUUCUUAUUGAUUAGUACAAAAGAAAACUAUGUUGAAUCUUGAAGCACAUUUUAACAGCUUUGGAAGAACUCUUUGGUGUACAGCUUGAAGUCACUUCCAUUCGUUGCGAUGUCUGCAGAGUGUAGAGGUUCACACUACUCUCUGCUCAACAUAGUUAUAGUUUUUUGCCUGAACAUAUUAUUGCCUUUGCUAGGAUUUGUAUAUGUUCAUUAGCUGAAUAUUGAGAUGUAUUGCAUAGGUUAGUGAGAGUGAGAGUGAGAGCCGGCCCUUUCCUUGAACUUACUCAAAUUCUUUUAUUCUUUCAUUCUAAAAUAAAGAUGGAUUCUAUUUAUGGCUGUC